CCCAGCCCCCCCCAACGAGUUCCAGCGCUGACCACCACACUCGCCGCACACCCGCAGCACCCACUGUCCGAGUCCGAGUCCCUCCGAGCCCCCGCGAACAUCCCCAGUCCCGCCCCCCGCUUGAUUUCCCUGGCGCUCCCGCAGCAUUCUUCCCAUGGCAAAUCUCCGCCAAUCCCAAGCUGCCCCUCCUUCAGAAAUGGUCUCUUCUUCCUCCUCGCCCGCCCCGGGGUCCUUCUUCGGCUACGAGACGGUGCUAUCGCACCAGCAGGCCCUGAAGAACCCGUCCCAGCAGACCUUGCAACUGCAGUACGAUCCGUACGAUCCGUACGAUCCGUCCUACAAUUCUAUUCAACCACCCACUCUGAACCAGAGCAUCCCUCCAUAUAAUCUGAAUCAUCCAGUCGAAGGUCAUCGACAAAUUUCUCAGCAGCAGCACCUCCAACAGCAGCAGCAGCACCACCACCACCACCUCCAGCACCACCAACUUCCCCAACAUCCCCAACAUCCCCACCACCAGAACCUCCAGCACCACCCUGCUCCUCCACCUCCACCUUCUGCCCCACCUUCUGCUCCACCUCACUCUACUGCACCACCUCCUUCUGCUCCUUCCUCUCAUUCUGCUACUGCCUCCAACUUAUCCUUCCCUUACACCACCUCCAUCCACCAUCCAAACCACCCACAACAUCAAAUAAUCCGCCCUGGACUUCCUCCCUCGUAUUCCUAUGAUUCGGGACUCCCCAUGCAUCAACCUUCAGACUUGUCUGCCCCCAAAAGGAAACUCUCGACUCGUGCUGACAACACAAAAUUGAAAACAAAUCGUUCAGUACGACAUGGUCCUUCCAAUCACAACCCUAAGGAUGAACUCAACCAAUACAUUGACUUUUCUCCUGGACCCCCCAAGUCCCUGUUCACUCCAUUGACCUUGGAGAAAGAUCUCCCUUCAUCUACUGGUCCUUCAUCUACUGGUCCUUCAUCUACUGGCCUUUCUUCUACUGGCGCUUCCUCCACUAAAAAGUCUAAACCAGAGUUUUUCCUCCCCUUGGACAAUAUCAACGUAGCACCACGUCUCACCGAGUUCUCGGCCUUCUCCGACCUGUCGGUGGCUGCCUAUGAAAGGAUGAGGAUCAUGGAACCUGAUCUAGGCUUUGACUUUCUAGACGAUGACACAAACUUCUACCAUUUCCAGGACAAUGUCACACCCAUGAUGAAGCCUCCAGGCACUGCCAAUGGUUAUUUUGAUUCCCAUCUGCCCCCUGAAGGUGAGAAGCAGACAGAUAAUCAGCCAAUGGAUCGUUUAUCUUCUCAUUUCGAUUUCCCUACCGUCACCAGUGCCCCGGUAGUUACACCUACCACUGCUGUUGCUGCUGCUGCUGCUGCUGCUACUACUACUUCUACUUCUACCUCCACCACCACUUCCAAUGCUGCUGCGGCGGCUACUGCGGCAACUUCUCUGGAUUUUUCCUUCACCCUCAAUGACAAUUUCGACCUCCCAUUGUUCCCAGAUAUGUCCAAUAUCCCCUAUGACCAAUCCCCACCAACUGAGGACCCUGUCAUCGACACAUCUCCACGGUCUCCGUCUGUGGAAACCGCACAACCAAACGCCCUCUUUGCCUUGCCAAGGCCUCAAUUUGAACGGAAAAACUCCAACCAGAGCAUCACUAGCUUGAGCUCUACUGGUUCCGCCAAGGACUCGGCUUCCACCGCGGCAAGCUUGUCCACGGCCACCGUAUCAAAGAAGAAACGAUUCCCCAAGGGCUCCAUCUGUAUGGUGUGUGAGAAGUACAUCAGCAGAGACAUGACAAGACAUAUGAGGAUCCAUGACGAACGUGGGAGAUUCCAAUGUGUUUAUCCAAAGGACAUGUGCAACCACAAGACGGGCAAUUUCAACCGUCCCUAUGACUACAAAAAGCAUCUUCUUCACAUUCACUUUGAGUUUGAUGAUCCUCGUGGACGCGCUGCCCAUACCCUCACCGACAAGCUCCCGAUGACGGGCAAGUGUAAGGCGUGCAAACAGCGGUUCACUGCCAACGACUGGUUGGAGCACCACAUCCUCUCGCUGAGCGAGCGAUGUGCAUUUAUUGAAUAGAUGUAGCACCUCCCAACCCCUACCCUGCGGGGCUGUGAGCCGCUCCGCUGGCCCCUACUCGGGGAGAGCCACUGCGUGGUGCCUAGCUCCUCUUCGAGGAGACUCUAUCAGCCAGUCCCAAGAUUGGAGGGGAUCUAUCACCGUUCCUCAUCAGAGGAAGAAGGCCCCCACGGCCAGUGGCCCACGGAGUGCCAGCGGAGCGGCUUGCUAAACCCCGUAGGGAAGUGAGUACUAGACACCUUACCCUACGGGGUCUCCAAGACGCUCCGCUGGUCCCUGCUCGGGGAGAGCCACUGCGUGGUGCCUAGCUCCUCUACGAGGAGACUCUGGUGUUCCAGCAGGGAUGUCUUAUGCCCUUCCUGUGGCCCCAGCCUUGAUAUUGUAUAUAUACAUUGAUGGUUUAUGUACGAGAAUUGAGGAUUCUUGGACCUUUCUGUUAAGAAAGGAAGAGAAUUCUCAGCAUAGAAAGAAUUUGUACGUGGUA